AUGGCGUCUACCACAAUCACCUGCAAGGCUGCGGUCGCGUGGGAAUCCGGCAAGGAUCUUACGCUUGAGGACAUCGAGGUCGCUCCCCCCAAGGCCCACGAGGUCCGCGUUCAGAUUCACUACACUGGUGUUUGCCAUACAGAUGCGUACACGCUCUCCGGCAAGGACCCCGAGGGUGCCUUUCCCAUCGUCCUUGGACACGAGGGUGCCGGCAUCGUCGAGUCUGUCGGCGAGGGCGUCACCAAUGUGAAGCCCGGUGACACUGUCGUCUGCCUCUACACCCCCGAAUGCAAAGAGUGCAAGUUUUGCAAGUCGGGCAAGACCAACCUCUGCGGCAAGAUCCGCGCCACCCAGGGCAAGGGUGUCAUGCCCGACGGCACCUCGCGCUUCAAGUGCAAGGGCAAGGACUUGCUGCACUUCAUGGGCACCUCGACCUUUUCGCAGUAUACGGUUCUGGCCGACAUCUCCGUCGUCGCCGUCCAGCCCGACGCUCCGCUGGACCGCACCUGCCUGCUGGGCUGCGGCAUCACCACCGGCUACGGCGCCGCGCGCGUCACCGCCAACGUGGAGGAGGGCUCCAACAUUGCCGUCUUUGGCGCCGGCUGUGUCGGCCUGUCGGUAGUCCAGGGCGCCGUCAUCAACAAGGCGGCCAAGAUUAUCGUCGUCGACGUUAACCCUUCCAAGGAGGAGUGGUCCAAGAAGUUUGGCGCCACGCAUUUCGUGAACCCCAACGACCUCAAGGGCCAGACGAUUGUAGAGAAGCUGAUUGAGAUGACGGAUGGUGGCUGCGACUACACGUUUGACUGCACUGGCAACGUCAACGUAAUGCGCGCGGCCCUCGAGGCUUGCCACAAGGGCUGGGGCGAGAGCAUCAUCAUCGGUGUUGCUGCUGCCGGUCAGGAAAUCUCCACCAGACCGUUCCAGCUUGUUACGGGCCGUGUGUGGAAGGGGUGCGCUUUUGGCGGCAUCAAGGGUCGCUCCCAGAUGGGCGGUCUCGUCCGCGACUACCUCGACGGCAAGCUCAAGGUCGACGAGUUCAUCACCCACCGCAAGACGUUGGGCGAGAUUAACAAUGCCUUUGAGACGAUGAAGGACGGCGACUGCAUCCGCGCCGUCGUCGACAUGCAGAAGGUGUAG